AUGGAGGAAACAUUUUUAUAUUUCGCUUAUGGAAGUAAUUUAUUUAAGAAAAGAAUUCGGAUAAACAACCCUACAGCUGAAUUUAUAGGAAUAGGUAGACUUGAUUGUCAUCAGUUGGAUUUCAUAAAAUAUUCAGAUCAUUGGAGAGGUGCAUCUGCUACGAUCUUACCAUGUGAAAACGCUCACAUAUGGGGUGCAGUUUGGAGAUUAAAUAUUAAAGACAUGCCCUCCUUAGAUUGGCAAGAAGGAGUUGACACCAAUUGGUAUUUUCCAAAAACAGUUGACAUUAUAACUCCUGAGGGUACGACAGUUCAAUGUCGAACAUAUCAACAGGUAGUGAAUCCUCCUCUAAGAGAACCGAAUGAAGAACUACCUCAAGAGAGAAGACCUUCUAGUACUUAUUUAGACUGUAUUAUUAAUGGAGCUUUAGAAUGUAAUUUACCAGAAGAAUAUAUUAAAGAAUUACAAAAGAUCCCUCAUAAUGGACAAAAAGCAUCCCCCAAAAUGAUUGAAAAACUUAAUAUA